GUCACGCGCAAGCAGUGGUGUAGUGUAGUAGUGACAGCUUGAGGGUUGUCGAGAGAAAAAAAGUGUAACCAGAUAUAGGUGGCUUCUGCUAAAUGGAUAUCCUGCAAUCCAACUGCUUAUUUAGCUUCUUGUAGUUUGCCUAGUCAUGCACAUACUGUAACUAGGUCUGGAGCUGUUCAAACCUGCUGCUUCAUAUCUGUGCGAGCGUGGCUUGCAGAGCUGAGGGAAGCGCGAGCCGAAGCAACGGUUGUCGGAGCGCGAUCAGAGCAACAAGUGGUGUCGUUGGAAGCGGCUCUCGUGGCAUGACUACUACAAACAAGGGAAACAAAGCCUUGAAGGUGAAGAAGGAGCCAGGGGAGAAUGGGACCAGCCUCACGGACGACGAACUGGUGACCAUGUCUGUCCGGGAGCUCAACGCUCACCUCCGCGGCCUCACCAAGGACGAAAUCCUGCAGCUCAAGCAGCGGCGGCGCACCCUGAAGAACCGUGGCUACGCCGCCAGCUGCCGCGUCAAGCGGGUCACCCAGAAGGAGGAGCUAGAGAAGCAGAAGACGGCGCUGCAGCUGGAGGUGGACAAGCUGGCCACAGAGAACGCCACCAUGAAGGUGGAGCUGGACUCGCUGCGCUCCAAGUACGAGGCCCUGCAGAGCUUCGCCAGGACUGUGGCGCGCAGCCCGGCCGUAGCCUUAACCCCAGGGGGUCGGGGGGUCAUGGGGCCCCUGGUCCCUGGGAAGGUGGCCACGGCCACCAGCGUCAUCACCAUCAUCAAGUCCAAGACGGGAGCCAGGUCGUAGUAUCGGGGCUGGGCGGCGUGGAGAGUUAUCAGACUAAUGAAACGAGUACUAUAGUCAGUGUAUCAUCAUGGAGCACAGGAUUAGUUCCCUUGUCUGUCUUUUGGGCCAGAACACACAACACAACCCCCCCCCAGACCUUUGUACCAGCUAGUAACACUCUUUCAAUUGGCCAGCAGCAGAGGCCACACCAACCCUUAUCAGACAGCCUUUAGUAGUAUAAACCAUACUUCCAUUCUGCCUUGGCACCAACCCUUAUCAGACAGCCUUUAGUAGUAUAAACCAUACUUCCAUUCUGCCUUGGCACUGUACAAGCAGAAAUACAUACACCAGAGGAGGCUGGUGGGAGGAGCUAUAGGAGGACGGGCUCAUUGUAAUGGCUGGAAUGGAAUAAAUAGAACGGUAUCAAACAAAUGGAAAGCACAUGUUUGACUCUGUUCCAUGAAUUCCAUUCCAGCCAUUACAAUGAGCCUCCGCUGGACUAUACACAUCCUUCCUCUAUAGUGUAUUUUCACAUACUGAUUCCAAAAGGUUAAAGGUCACGUGAGUCCAGGAAGGUCGUACGACGCAGCCCAAUCCAUAAUUGAUGUCACUCCAUCUGGUGUUGGAAGUCGAGCUCUCGAUGGAGUUGUGUGUUUCUGUACAUGGUACUAAGUGUUUGAGUGUUUGUUUGUUUCCUACAGGCCCCUCUGAGUCUUUUCCGUCCCGACACAGGGUUGUGAUGUGGAAAUGCACUCUUUCAUAACUACUAGCCACCAACAGUCUAGCCACACCCGGUUGGCAUUAUGCUUCACGUUCUUAGCCCUCUCUCCGUAUCACAAGUGGAGAAAGAGUGAUUGCAGUUAGCAACAAGCCUGGGCCUGUUAGAAUGCACUGACUAUGAGAAGAGGGAAAUGCACUGUAUGGUAUUGAUGUCUUGUGAGCAACCUUCAGUAAGGACUAGUAACUCACCCAUCAGACCAGUUCAUGUGAUUUUAGUUGGUCAAAAAAACUAAACAGGAAAUUCUGUUAAGUUGAGCAUUUAUUUAGGUUCAGGUCAGCCUGUCACAGAAUUUUACCAACAGGAGAUGCAAUAAUACACACAUGCACUGAAAAGUAGGAAGUUACAUAGUUUAAUGUAAGGGGAAUGAGUCAAUCUGAUCUGCAAAAUAAUACGAUAGCCUACUUGGUAUGGGAUGAUAAGUAUUAUAAUAAUAAUAGGUGUGAUGUUGGAGUUGACAAUGCCAUUCCACGAUUACAAGAUGGUUUCUUUCUCCAGUAUCUGAGAAGCAGAAUGUUUUUACAAGAUCUUGUGAUCAUUAUGCUUUGGGGGGACAAUUUUUGAUCCUCAAAACAUUUAAAACUCAAUUUGUGCUCCAUCGAGUAAAUAAGUUGGAACUGUUUUGUAAAUAAGUCGUUUUUUUGUGCGUAUGUAAUAACAUGUGAACUGGCUGGUCACAUAUUCCAAAAUAAUAUUCACACAACAAGCUUUACUGUUUAAUUGUCAACGUGUGUGUAUUCUAGAAGUCGUUGACUUCGAGUUCUUGAUUUGUAUUGAUGCAUAGACGAGCAUCUGGCGUUUAUAGAAACACUGGAAAAGAAAACUUCAAACAAAAAAACCUGUGAUAUCCUUUUUGCAAUUGUACCAAAAGUGGCUUACUAUUGAAGGCUGGUAUCUUUUUCUAGUGACUAGGCGCGUACUGUGUGGGGUAGCGCGUGACGUGAUGUGUAUAAGUGACAGUUGGCAGUGUUGUUCACUGUAUAGAUGUCAUGCUGUGGUAUUUUCUAUAGGAAUCUGUAAUAGAGAUAAUAUAGCUGGUGUAAACAUCAUCUAUUGUCUUCAUCCAUAUUGGCAUCUGUGAUAUCUCUUCCACUAGCUGUGAUUCACAAAUGUUUUUGUCAUUGCGACGUUAUUACUGUCGACCGAGCAGGCAUAGGGGUAAGAUAAGGCCCUUGGUUCAUUUUGAAUCCCAGUUAAGUGGCCCUCCUCCCCUCUCUUUGGUUUCAAUUCCAGGGGAACAUCACCUCUGAUUUAGAUGCAACUGUUAUUGUCUUAUCCAUUUACCAAAGGGGACAACUUGCAAUUUGCGAAGGGAUAAUAGCCUCACAAUUUACUUUUUCAAAGACUAAGCAAAAUCAAAAUCUUUGACACUGUCUUACCGUAUAGCCAAGCAUUGUAAAAGUUCUCCUUGAAUAAAUAACUUCUUCUCAUUCUAACUGUGAGAAGGGAGGCUCAGCAUGCAGCUUUAUACAGAUGACUAAUAACAGGUCAUCUCCUGACUGUCAGGUUGUGUUCAUGGUUUUUGUGAGGGUAAAAAUGCACUGAUCUCCAGCUUGUUCUGCUCAGGAGAAAACAAGUUUGCCCUAAAAAUAAACCAUUGCAACUCUGAGACGAAGCUGUUAAGGAUGGCACUUGUGUUGAUAGUCGCUCAUUUACAAUUUUUCUAAAAGGACUUUUUGUUCAGACACCAAAUGAAGAUCUGGAAGAUCAACCUGCUGCCAGUAAUGCUGCUUACGUGCCAAGUGUCACCCCUGUCUUCUGACCCUGUAAGAGGGAUUUAUCAGUAAGCAGUUUUACCUUUAAAAGGUGAUAGUAUCUAUGUAAUGACAUGGGAUAUGUUCGGUAUUUUACAACUUCAUGUCAGAUGGUUCCUUGCCCUGAAUAUAUCUAUAUGAGCCUGGAGAAACUGUAUUCCAUGGUUCUAAUUUCUUUAAACAGCCAAUAUAAACUUCACCUAACUUUAUCCUCUGCCAGCUAAAAAUCAUUGGGAGUGAUGGGGGCAAAUGUUCAAAAAGUGUUGCCAGAACACCUUUAAGUAAUGUAAAAACCAAUCAUCCCAGUUUCUCCUGGCUCAUAGACUUCUAUCAGGGUAAGGAACCACCAGCAUUAAGUUGUGAAUUACUGAACGUAUCCUUUUAGAACAGAGCAGCUGAGAGGAAAAGGUUAGGAAGCAGAGAUCUGAAUAUGUCCAAAUGAACCAGGACCCAGACUGUUAGCCUAUAGCUAGAAUAGUCCAGGAAGGCAGAAGGAACCCACGGCACUUGAAGUUGUAUGGUAGGUAGACCUGAACAGGAGGAACCCACAGCACUUGAAGUUGUAUGGUAGGUAGACCUGAACAGGAGGAACCCACAGCACUUGAAGUUGUAUGGUAGGUAGACCUGAACAGGAGGAACCCACAGCACUUGAAGUUGUAUGGUAGGUAGACCUGAACAGGAGGAACCCACGGCACUUGAAGUUGCAUGGUAGGUAGACCUGAACAGGAGAGAAUAGGUCUGCACUCCAGUGUGUAAUAUGCUAUUCCCCACACCUCUGAGCUCACAUCAGAUCAGGGGGCAUCUGAAAUGGACACUUCCCUGCAUUACCAAAAGCAGUGCACUAAAUAUUGGAAUAGGGUGCCAUCAGACACAGCCCUAGUAUAUAGUGUAUGUACGCUAAAACAUCCUCACUAUGUCUUCUGAACACACUUAGAUAUUUCCAUUGACUAGAAGAUAAUCCAUGGAUAUAUAUGACUCUUGACAUUCCCCAGUUUGGGUGUUGUCGUUCUUGUUGCUGUGGCAGUCUUGUGGAGUGAACCUUAAUGUGUCUUCACAAUGUUAAAAAGGCAUCCUGGCCUAUGACCUUUCUCGCAUACGUACAGUGAGCACCAUAAUUCAUUGGACAGUGACAUUUUUGUUGUUGUUAUUUUGGUUCUGUACUCUAGAACUUUGAGUUUGAAAGGAUACGAUGACAAUGAGGGUGAAGUGCAGACUGUCAGCUUUAAUUUGUGGGUAUUUUCAUACAUAUCGGAUGAACCGUUUAGAAAUUAUAGAAGCUUUUGUACAUGGUCCCCCCCCAUUUUCAGGCAUCAAAAAACAUUGGACAGUUGAACAUGAUUUAGAAUAAAGUAAUCAUUGUUCAUAUUUGUCUCCAUAUCCUUUGCAAUGACUGCUUGAAGUCUGCCAUGCAUCGACAUCCCCAGACGCUGGGUAUCUUCCCUGGUGAUGCUCUGCCAGGCCUGUACUGUAGCCAUCUUCAGCUCCUGCUUGUUUCAGGGACUUAUUGCCUUCAGUCUCCUCUUCUCCAUGUUCAAUGUGAUUCAGAUCCGGUGAUUGACUCGGCCAGUCAAGGAUUUUACACUUUUUGGCCAUAAAAAAACCCUUCUUUGCUCUAGCAAUAUGUUUAGGGUCAUUGUCUUGUUGCAUGAUGAAGUGACUUCCAAUGAGUUUGGAGGCAUUUGGUUUUAUCUGAGGAGAUAAAAUAUUUCUGCAGACUUCAGAAUUCAUUGUUCUAAUUCUGUCUGCAGUCACAUUGUCGAUGAAGACAAGUGAGCCUGUUCCACUGGCAGCCAUACAGGCCCAAGCCAUAACACCCCCUCCACCAUGUUUCACGGAUGAGGUGGUAUGCUUUGGAUCAUGGGCCUGUCUUUUUCUUCCCUUUCCACUUUCCAUCACUCUGGUACAUGUUCAUCUUUGUCUCAUCUGUCCACAAUACUUUUUUCCCAGAACUCUUGGGGCUCUUUUAGGUGCUUUUUAGCAAACUGUAAUCUGGCCUUUCUGUUCUUCAGGCUUAUCAGUGGUUUGCAUCUUGUAGUCUCUCUGUAGUCCUGCUGGUGUAGUCUUCUACGUAUGGUAGACUUUGACUCACCUACACCUGCAUCCAGGAGAGUGUUUUUGAUCUGUUGGGCUGUUGUCUGGGGGGUUUUCUUCACCAUAGAGAGUAUUAUCCGGUCAUCCACUACAGUGGUCUUCCUCAGACAACCGGGUCUUUUGACAUAAUUGAGUUCACCGGUUUAUUUUUUCUUGUUAAUGAUGAACCAAACUGCAAUGUUCCUGAUUGAUUGAUUUUAAUUUCUGAGCCUUAUGAUGGCCAGCUUCAUUUGCAUGGACACUGCCGUCUUCCUCCUGUUGUCACACCCCAACAACAACCUCCAAAGGCAAUAGCAAAGUCUAGAAUCAAUACAUUCAUCAACAGCUCUCAUGCAUUCACUAACGACACCAAUGAAUACACCUGCCUAACGACACAUCUGUGAAGCCAAUUCAACAAACACUUGUAGUACCUUGAAAUGGGGGGACCAUGUACAAAAGGUGCUGUCAUUUCUAAACGGUUCAUCCGAUAUGUAUGAAAAUACCCUCAAAUUAAAGCUGACAGUCUGCACUUCACCCUCAUUGUCAUUGUAUCCUUUCAAACUCAAAGUGCAGAGUACAGAACCAAAAUAACAAAAAAAUGGUCACUGUCCAAUGUGGUGCUCACUGUACAUGUAUCUCUUCUGGAGAGGGAGUAACACACACACACACACAGACAGAUGUAUAGUAGGUAGCUACUGUAGGUAGUGUUGACCGUCGUGAAAAAGUGACCCUUAUACAUAUGCAAACUCAGUGGACAGGCGUGAGAGUAAAGCUAGAAGAGUAGUCUAUAUUGUUGUAAUAGUGACUGUGGUCUAAUGAUUUUUAUACCAACAGCUCCUGUGUUUUGGAUUGGAAUUCUUGUGGCAUUGUUCUUUUACCCCCCACACACACCAAACUGCAGUUGGCCCUUAGUUUAUGUUGGUUAAGGAGAAUGAAAACCAUGGGAACUGCUAGAGGGUACAACUGUUCAGAUAUAAAUACAUUGUGUAGAACAGAUAUGAUUACCUGUCAUGAUAGAAUUGGGAAUUGUGUCAGAUCCAUUCGCUUAUAUUUUUAUCUGCAACGUUGUUGAGUGUUCCACCCUCACUGGACACGCCCCAGAUGUUCACUCACUGUGAUGCCCGUCUAAAGGGAUUCUAGUCUAGGGGAAGUAGCCCAAUGCCUGACUAACCCUUCUCUAACAGUAGACUUCCCCUGACAGAAACCCCUAAACCCGAAGACUAUGGAGUGAUGUUAAAACCAGCAGAAACUGAAGAUGUAUUCACAAAUUGAAUUUCUGUUGUCACAUAUAUCACUCCAUAGAUUAGAAGACUGGUAUUACCUGUUCUAAAGACUAAACCUACAGAUAUUCUACAGUCUAUAGAUGUGUGAUUAUACAAUCUGUAAAACAGGGCUGAAGUUAUGUCCUGAAGAAGUGACCAGGAACACAAUCCUGAGUAACAUAAGGGCCACUUGCAAUUUCUGUUGUCAUUUGUGGUUUGAUUAGUUUGGUUCCUACCAUGCUGCUAAUUCAAUCAUUACUGCUCAUUGUCUCCUGAAACUCUAUUUGUUUUGUCUUUGUUCGUUGAAUGUGUAUCUGAUAUUGAUCUUAAAAACACUGGAAUUAAUUUGUUCUGCAGCGGAUCUCGUUUUUACUUAGUUAUGUCUUUUUGUUUAAAAGCGAGUUGUAUUGGAGAGGAUGAAUAACUUAUCAGCACUUGUGUGAUGAUUUGCUAGCUGUAGUAGAGAUAUGUAGGCUUUUUUGAAUCAAAUUAUGCUUGGUGAACAUUUGACUGUGCAGGUAUUUCUCACUCGAGUAUAGGUCUAUGUUUCAAAGGUAUUAAGUCUGAAAAUAAAGCUGUUGGAAGUGUCUGAAUGGUAUAUCAAGUUAUUAUUAAACUGUUUUUGUUAUUUUUCUGUAUGGGUUGUAAUAAGAUAUUGCAGUACUUUGUAUGGAAAACAGAGAAUAGUUCAUUGUAACUAUUUGUAAAUUAUUGUACUUUUUUGCAAUCUGUAGAUAAGUAAUAUGAUGUAUUCAUAUAUAAUGACUGUGGUUUUAACCGUGGUUCUCUGAAAUGUCUAAGUUAUUGAUGUGUGUGUGUAUAUAUAGUAUGUUUGUUGAUACAGCUUACUUUAUUUUCUAUAUGACCAAUAAAAAGGUUUUGAAAAGGA